AUGGACUCAACAUUUAACCUGACGGCAGAAUCAGAAUUUCUAGCUCCAAAUGUUGUCAACAAAUAUGCUCAUCCCAAGGACAAGACUUACAACAGCCGACAGAGAUACAAAGAUCAGGACGCCGAUUCCUUCACUGAUUUCAUCCACUGGAAUCUUGUGUUCAUCGUUAUCCCACUGGUCUCUAUCUUAGGCAUCAUCGGAAACGCUCUAAGUCUAAUCGUUAUCUCCAAGCAAGGAUUGCGGAAAAGCUCUAACAUUUUACUCUUCAGCCUGGCCGUCUCCGAUAUCGUGUUUAUGAUCGGGGUUAACGGACCUCCGAAACCCAUGUACGAAUGGGGUGGAGGUGGAUUUCAAUACCCCAGAGAAACAGCCAUGGCGUUGUUUUAUCUGUAUCAUUUCUUCGACAGUUUGAACUGGGGUAGUGGUCCAACAUCGCUGUGUAUACCGGUUCUAAUCACCAUUGAAAGACUUAUCGCUGUAUUCUUCCCACUUAAAUUUACAUCCAUAGUAACCCGGCGGAGGACAAUAAUCGCAGUCAUCGCCACAAACGUAAUUUUUUACGGACUACAAGCUUACGUCAGAACCUGGUUUCAGUUUAUUUACAUCUACGAUAGUAAACGUAAUGCCUCCAUCGGGUUUUCCACCAGAAACAGCAUGUAUGUAUUUCAGAAUGAAGUCUCGUCAGUCAUCGAAAUGUUUUUCAACUCUAUGAUCAUUCUGGUGAUUUUCGUGGGCAGCGGAUGCAUCGCAAUCGGAGCCAAAAUAAAAAUUGCCGCUAUCAAGCGACUGAAAAUGACGAGCUCACAUGGAAAUCAAAUUUCCAAAGGUGACACAGGAAUUUCGCGAACAACCAAGACUUUGCUGUGUUUAUGUGUUUUCUACACUUUUGUUUGCGCACCGAUCUCUCUUCCGGCUUUUAUGCCGGGGAUAAUGGUGUUUCCGGUGUUUGCAGAAGAUCCUAACUUUCGGUCGGUAGGGGUCUUCGUGUAUCAUGUUUACAAAACAGUGUUUUGUUUUAACGCGUCUUGUAACUUCAUUAUCUAUGUGGCCAUGAGCAAAAGUUUCAGGGAUACGUUGUUUCAGUUGAUCAACACAAAACGGAAAAAUGUGUCGUCUUGCUCAGCGAUAAUAUCUGUGACAAGAGGUACAGACAUUUAA